GCAGCAACAAUACAAAUCAGUUUUUGGCGGUACGCGUUCGAAGAAGGUUCACAGCCAACGGAGCGGAUAUUUUUGGUAAAAAUUUCGAAUACACCCAUCAACAGAAAGAAAAAAAAAAUAAAACCAAAAAACGGAUACAAGACUCGUGCGUAAAGUUGGCGCGUAGAACGUGUUUACCUCUUAGACAGAGUGUAAUGUGUUUGUGUGUGUGUGUGUGUGAUACUAGGGAAAUAAAUUAGGCACUUGGUUUAAGUCUGAGAAUUCCGCGAAGAAUUCAACCAAAGUGAAAGGCCUAAAGUUUUGGAUAAGCAAUAUCUUAUUACUGAUAUCUUGAUAUCGAUAUCGACAUCAUGACGACGACGACGUCGCCAACUCCCAUUGUUUUUGAGAACGGCACGAUGCUGGGAUCGAUGAGCCACGACCAUCAUUCACUGACAAAGCUUCAGUUUCCGGGCAAACAGUCGCCGUUCAUCAUACCGGAAAUCGUAAUUAGUUCCAGCCAGAGUAACAAUAGCCUCCACCGCAGUCGUUGUGACAUACCCGAGGAACCCGAGGCGGAACACACAGCCCUUUUGGAUAGCCAGCAUCGCGAGCGCGAAGAGGAAGCCGAAUUCGAGCAAUUUGUGAUGAAUCGCACCACCUCCGAGAGCAAUAUACUCGAGUCGAGCAUCUACAGUGAACUUCAGUUUCCACCCUCGCUGUGCAUUGCUGGACCACAGACAGCUGUGGGAACGCCGCCUCCGCCAACGGCGACGACGGCUCUUAAUACCAGCGCCUGUUCACGCACCGAUUCCGAGUCCAGGCAGGGCAAGCGCACGCGCCGCAAAGGACAUAAAAGCAAAGCCAAAUGCAGCAACAAUUCAUUGGCUGGCGCUGCAGCUGCAACAACUGGUGGAGUCCCUGGUGGAGCACCUGUUGCCUCUGCAGUGGGUGUCGGAGUGGGUACUUAUCCACCGCAAUAUACGACCAUUUUUUUGGAUCCUCAUCAUCAUCAUCAUGUUGGCGCAGCUGUGGCCACUAAUCCCCCACUGGGCAACACAACAUCCCAAUUCCUCACUGCCGGCAGUGGCAGCAGUGUGCAAGUCCCUGGCAGUUCCGAGGCGGCAAGCUAUUUGCAAUAUCAUCAGUAUUAUCAGCAACGACCGAUGAUGAGCAACGUGGGCCAGCAGUUUGGACAUGGACAUCAUCAUCUACAUCAUGCGCGCAGAACCCUCUUGGACGUAGCUGUACCGCUGGCCGGCAGCAAUGUGGAAACUGGCAGUCAUUUGGCCACUGCCAAUGUCUCGACGACCCAAGUAGAGCUGAACGGUGGCUACAGUUUCCGCAAAUGGUUCGCGCGACCCUCGCUGCCCUUUGUCAUUGGCAUCUUUGCUCUGGGUGGAGUGGCCUGCACACUGGGCGGAAUUGUACUCGGUAGCACUGGAUUGAUAGAACACUCAACACAAUAUCUAAGUGCUGCUCUCUUAAUGAUUGGCAUUGGUGUCUCUCUGUUGGUUAUAUCUGGAGCAAUUUGGCGUCUUAGUCUACCCGAUGAUGUGGACGAUUGUCCCUGCUUCCGACGCAUGGAAACGUGUCGUAAUUGCAAUAGUCCUCACUGUAGCAAUCGCCUACUGCCGGGCAGUUAUCUCUAUCCCGAGUUCCAGCAUCGCCCGCCGCCUCCUUCGUAUCUCACAUCCUUGAAUGAGUAUGCCUUUGUAUAUCAUCCUAGCACACAUCAGACAACUGCAGCUUAUACAGCAGUUAGGAUGAACACUCCUCCGCCACUCUAUCGAUCCACCUAUUCGCUAAAUACCUCAGCCAUAAAUGGUGCAUCGCCUGGUCUCACAUUGCCGCGUACAAGUGAACAACCAGCAGAUGAACAGGCAGCCAUCCUUUUAACUCGGGAAGCCAUUAGUCAGACGUCAUUUAAGGAAAUCGAGAUCGAUGAGAUUGCCGAAGAUCCGACGGCUAUUCCUCUUAGAAGGGAACCCGAAAUUCAAACACUUUACAAGGAAGCGGAGCUCGAUUGAGACAAGUCACACAUAUCGCCCCAAUCGACGAGUCUUGUAGUUUAAUAAGCUAUACAACUUAGUUAUUUAUUGUCUGACUGAUUUACAAAUGUACAUAUAUCCUAUCUAUCUACUAUAUCAAUACUAUAUCGGGGUGUGGAACUUUUUCGAAAACUGUACAAAAACUAAAAUUUUGUAAACAUUUACACAGUCAUUUCUCAUGUGCACCUGUCGUACUCAAAAUGUAUAUUAAUCUUUUUAUUGCAGCAAAUGAUCAACAUUUGGUCUUAAUAUUAUGUAGAUCAUAUUCUAAAUGCCAAAUUUAUGACUAAAUAAAAUUACAACAAUUAUGUGAUUAAGUGGUUAAA